UCUGCUUCCUCCCUGCCAGGCUCCCCUUCUCUACGGGCGUAUCCUCUCAUCUCCGUCAUCACCCGGCAGCCGCCCGUGCUACCCCAGCUGGUCCCAGCUGCUGGCAGUUCCCGGCUGCUGCCCCCCCAGCCCUGCCUGGGGGCCGUGGGCACAGAAGUUACCCCCACUGAGGCCCAGGGCAGCAGCGAGUCUGAGGCGGAGCAGCCCCCACCGCGCUCGAAGAAGCCACGCCGGAGCAGGACCAUCUUCACCGAGAUCCAGCUCAUGGGCCUGGAGAAGAAAUUCCAGAAGCAGAAGUACCUCUCCACCCCUGACAGGCUCGACUUAGCCCAAUCCUUGGGGCUGACUCAGCUCCAGGUGAAGACGUGGUACCAGAACCGUAGGAUGAAGUGGAAGAAAAUGGUGUUGAAGGGUGGACAGGAAGCUCCAACGAAGCCCAAAGGCCGUCCAAAGAAAAACUCCAUUCCCACCUCAGAGGAGAUUGAAGCAGAGGAGAAAAUGAACAGCCAGGCUCAGAGUCAGGCAUGGGAGGGAUCUCAAGCCAAUGAGGAGCCAAAACUAACAGAGGAGAACCCAGGAGUUCUGUUGGAGACAGAGAAGUCUCCAGAACAUAUACCAGAGCCUUCCUCAGAGGUGACUACACCAUUACCAUUAAGUUAAAAGGGAAAGAAAGAAGGGGAAAAGAGAAA